AUGGAAGCCCGAAGGUUGGACCUCCUGGGGCUCCUCAUCCAACCCGUCCAACGCAUUCCUCGCUACCAAAUGCUCCUCGAAGAUCUGCGAAGGCGGUCACCAGAAGACCACCCUGACUACCAGAACUUGACUCUAGCUAUUGCCGAGAUAACGCGCAUUGCCAACGAGGUGAACGCGCAAAUGGACAAGGAGGAGAACUUCCUCAAGAUGUACAAGAUACAGGCCUCUUUCAUCGGCAACGUCAAGUGCCUCGUCAAGGAGGGGCGCGUGUUCGUGCGAGAAGGCGCGCUGAUCAAAAUGUGCCGCAAGGUGCCCAAGAAGCGUUGGUUUUUCUUGUUCAACGACGCGCUCGUCUACGGAUCGCUUGUGGGCGCCGACAAAGCCGAAAAGGCUUCGGUGUACACCAGGGAGACGGCCGGCAAGACCAGCAACAGAUACACGUUCCACCGCAUGAUCGAGUUUGGAAGCGGGCGGCAGGGCGAGAAGAACCGCGACACCUUCAAGGUGCGCGACAUCCCCGACUCUGGCGACGAAAAAUACGCCUUCCAGAUCAUCAGGCACGCACGCACCACCUACUCUCUCCCUUCCUGCCCGGAGAAGGAGGCGUGGAUGGUGGAUCUGCAACAGCAGCUUGCCACCCAGGGCGCUGCCACGGGCGAAGACGAAGGCGCCCCCGUGUGGAUUCCCGACAACAAGGCAACCGACUGCCAGAUCUCCAAAAAGGCGCGUCUCUCCAAGCUGAAGACGGAGAAGGCCGUGCGGGUGUGCACUUUCUGUUACAACUGGCUUCACACCAAGGAAGGCGAAGGAGACGAGGAGAGUGUACAUGGCGCCGAGGGAGACGAGAGCAGCGAGGACAAGCGCAACAGCGGCCGGGAGGAGGCCAAGGAGGAGAGUGAAAACGAGGACGACGAGAACAACAAGAAGAAACCGAGCGCAACGAAGAAACAGAAGAAGGAGAAAAAGGAGAAGAAGGAGCGAACGCGGGACAAGCUCGGCAACCUGCUCUCGUGGCGAUCGGACGACCACAAGCGCCCAACUGGAAACAACUUUGCCCGACUCCUCGGGAGCUACAGUGGCAAAUCGCCGCGGCAUGGCGACACCAAGGAGAGGGAGGGGCUGGACUUUGAGCCUGUCCAGAUGCCCUCUCCGCCUCUCUCUUCCGAAGGCCCCAAACCGCACUCGGGCGACCACGCAUCCGUUCAGGCCUCCAGCGCCGCCCCGGUGCCUGAGAAGGACAAGGCGAGCACGGUGCAAAACGAGGAGCCGGCACAGGCUCACCACCCGCUCGCCGAGGAACAGCAGCACCAGCACCAGCAGCAGCGGGAGGGAGCCGAGGCGGAGCACAAGAGCGAAAAGGAACAGGAGGAGAAGGAGGAGAAGGAGGAGAAGAAGGAGGAGAAGGAGAUGGAGAAGGAGGAGAAGGAGAAGGAGAAAGAAAAAGAGAAGGAAACGAAGCAGUCGAAGGAGGUGACGCCACCGAGCACGCCCCAGCCCGCCACCGCCACCGCCAGCUCGGUGCUUUGGAGGCGGAGCAGCAUAACCCCUGGCCGCACCAGCCCCGCUCCUCUCCUCUUCAACGCCGCCGCCGCCGCCGCCAGCAGCCCGGCCGCCACUCCCACGUCCUCCUCGCUCUCUUCGCCCAACCGCCCAGCCUCCCCAGCCCUCAGCCGGGUCAGCAAUCGAGGGCAGCGCAUGUCGAUCGGGCUGGAGAGGGUCAAGCUGCAGGCUGCUCUCGCCCUUGAAGCCGCCAAUGAAUCCAAUCAGUAG